UCUCUUUCUCUUUUCACAGGGUGUGCCAAUCUUAACCCUGAUCAUGAAUCCCCCUGUCCCUCUGGAUAUCGCAGAGGAAGCCGCCGAAUUAGUGCGCCAAGGCCGAUUGUCAUCGGCACUCGGCUUAUACGACCAACUCCCAACCUUGAGCCUGGAUCUGCGUGAAGCUCGGGAGAACGUGAUCCAAGGAUUGAUUAGUAAAUGGCAUUUCCUCAUGCUCAAUGACCAUUCACGUCAUCGGGCAUAUCAAUCAGCCUUACAUGCGGUCAUAUCGGGUCUUGACCCAGAUCUGAAAUUGAUUGAUAUAGGCACGGGGACCGGGAUUUUGACCUUGAUGGCCUUGAAAGCCGGAGCGAAUCGGGUCACGGCCGUUGAACAUGAGCCGUUUUUGUCCGAUUUGGCUCGUCGAGUUUUUCAAGCUAAUGAGGUGGAGCAUCGUGUGGAUUUGGAGGUUCUCAUGUCCACGGACUUGGCGCCUCGACCCCCCAUGGAUCGGUUCGAUGUAUUAGUCACGGAAACUUUCGAUGCGGGCUUAUUGGGCGAAGGAAUUUUCCGCACUUUGGACCAUGCUUGGACGCAUUUGUUGAAACCUGGAACGUCCCAGGUGAUUCCCCGGGGCGCCACUCUAGUUGGGGUUCUAAUACAAAGAUUGGACGAGGAAUUCGAGCACUUUGCGUGGUCCCGAAAAAAGGUGGAGCCCUAUGAUAGUGGAUAUAUCCGCCAUGAUCUCGAGUGCGAUCGGAUCCGGACUUUAUCCGAGCCUUUCCAAAUCACUAAAGUGAACUUCCAAGACCCGCAAUAUAUUCGCAAGUGUCUCAAUUCCGAAUCUAUCGCUUCGAUUGACGUGAUCGCGUCCAAAGAAGGUGUCGGUAAUGAAAUCGCAGUUUGGUUCGAUCUGGACAUGACUGACAAUCAAAGUCUUUCUUCUAAUCCUGAACGACAGGAUGGAUGUUGGCAACAGGCUUUAUUUACUCUUCCUAAUCCCAUUCCAGUGUCAGCCGGCCAUAAAUUGAAAGUCACGUUUUCCAUAGGCGAUCCCCUGACAUUAGUGAGUGUGGAACAUACGAAACUGACAUCAAAGACCCAAAUCGAACUCAAAUUGACCCACCCAGACUCCAAAACGUCGCCUUUGGAGAAUAUCCUCUCGGACACGGCGACUGGGUCCGUUCAUGUAUUGGAUUGUGGCUCUAAUCCACGGAAUUCGCUUGAUCUGUUAUUGAGAUACCCCAAACUAAGAGUGCAGUUUCUGAUCAAUGCUCAAAGCAAUGAACAAGGAACCGAUAUUUUGGAUAUCAUCGCUAAGAUAGUAAAACAGAACAGUAUUUCACCCAAGCGUGUGCGUUGCUUGGAUUUUGAUAAGCACCUGGCUCAUCUUAAACCUCGUUACGAUGCUGUAAUCGUCGAUUGUGUCACAAAGUCUGGGCAAAUCAAUUCGAAAUCAUUACUCCAAGCCGAUAUCCUAAGCCAAAAGUUGAAACCAAAUUUAAGCAUGUCCGAUCGACUUAUUCCUUCUAUGAUGGUUAUAGAGGUCUUAUUGGUCACCAGCGAGUUCCUAACUCGUUCGACAUUUGUGGAACACGACGAGCAUGGAUUUAGGAUCAAGGAGUUCAUCAACAAGUAUUGGACGAGUCAUUUUCAGGAUAUCAGUCUUGCAACCAUGGAGACGUGUAUGCAGAUAUUGGGCCAAGUGACUUUUGAAAUAGGGUGGGAUGAUUUGCGAAGGGCGAGGACAGUGUCCAAGAGGCCAGUUUCCUUCACUGAAGAUGGGCAAAUCAGUGCUCUUGUAUACAAAAUCAAGCCAACGAAUGAGCACACGAACUAUGCCGCAUUUAUUCUAAGAAAAACGUUCAAUAUAAAACAGCCAACUGAUUGCUUUGUGAAAUUGUGCCUUGAGCAUGGUUUGCUCGAUCUUCAAAUGUGCUCUUCUUGAUGCUACA